CUUCCGGCAACAUUUUUAGAAAAGUAUUUAGAAACAUAGACUUUAUUUCAAUUUGAUUGAUUGCUCCUGUCUUAAAACCUCCUGUCUUAAAACCAUGUCACUGCAGAGUAUCCUAAAGAACAUUUACUCAUUUAUUGAGGUGCUUCAAAGUUGUCGAAGUGAUGCUGUCAAAGGCUGGGAUGAACAAGCACUGAGCAAUGCAUUCAAGUGGGCAAAGUAUUGUGAACAGAUUUCAUCCCAAGCAUUGGGGAAACAUUAUGAGGCAAGCCUUGAUAACCAAAUAAGGAAGAUGCGACAAAUCCCAUUAGCUCUCGGGGAAGUGGAACCAAACUUGCAAUUAUGUAGUAAUGCAUGUCCAGUUCUCAGACAGGCACUCCUCCAGAAUCCAUACCUUCCAGACUCUCUUUUUGCGACUAUACUUACAACAUACUAUCCAGAAUCACCAGACACCCUUGACUCGAUCCUAGAGGAAUGUUAUACCAUAAGUGCCCCUAAAUCCGGACUCCAGUUGGCAUUAUGCGACAAAGAAUCUAUGACAUCACACUCUGUUGCCAUAGCAACCAAUGAUAAAACUGAUAUACCACAAGAGGCAAUAGUUACCCAGGGUAUUAUUUUAGCGCAACAUUUAAGUCGUGUUUGCAGGGAGUCUAGUAGAAGGGAGAGGACUGAAAAAUAUACCAGAGAGAAGUUAGAUGAGAUUUAUGCUGCGCCAGAGGGUAUGAUAAUAAUAUUGGAAGCUUUGAUUGCAAGUGAUGAUCCAGAGGAGGUAUCAGCAUCCCAGCAUUCAUCCAGUUCACGGCUUAUUCUUAAUUGGUUGUUACAGAAAUGCGAUCCAGGCAUUGGUAACAAGGUGUGGCAAUGUAAUCCCAAGAUGCUUAGUGAGGUUGCUAGGAGAUACCAUACAUUCUACCAAGUCUAUGUAGCUCACCUGGACCUAUGGGGCAACAACAUGGUGCCUGUAUAUGGGGGCCACUUCACUGAUGGUUUCACAUGGAGGAUAAAAUCUUCACCAGAUUCCAGCCACAAUUUUGAAGGGUUCUUUACUCACAUUGAACACAUGGUGAAGUCUUCAGAUAAUGUAAAAGAACACUUUAUAAAACACAUAGAAGAUGAAGCAAAACAGUCAGAAGUUAAUGCAUGGAGAACAGUUCAGAAAUACAGGCAACGUGACAGUCUGAUGUAAAUGGUAGACAUGGAUUGUACCCUAAACAAAUA